AUGACUGCGGCCUCUCCGCAAGAGCAAGUUGUCCCGGCGGCGAAAUCGGCCGGCCAGCACUACGAAGGCUACCAGACCGGCUACCAGCCGCAGAGCCUCGAGCAGCCGCCACACGGAUAUCCGCCGCAGGGGUUAUUUGUGGAGCAGCCGGGCGACGACGCCAUCGGCAGCGGCUCCAGCAUGCCCCUGGCUUCGGACCUGGCCUCGGAGCGGCGGACGGAGAUGGCGGGCGGAGAGCCGUCUCCUCUCCGCUCGACGCCACCGCAGAAGCUGGAGCCACGGCCGCAACAGCAGCUGGCGCCCGACGCCACACUCGCCUUUGCGGCCCUCGCGCAGGGGCGGCCCUGCCUGCCCCGGCAAGCACAGCUCGCGCGCCCCUCAUCCAUCUCGAGCGCGGAGCUUCCCCUAAGCCGUUGCAGAGGCUUCUCCUUGUAG